UUCAAAAUCUAAAAACCCGUAGCCAAACACUCCUCAAAAAUACUCCAACCAGGUCCCAGAGUGAACCCACUCAAAAUUUCAGCGCACGAAACCCCAAAAUUUGAGGUUUCCCGCCCACUCCACUCCACACACGCUCUUCAAAUUUUCAGAUUAAAAACCCUUUUUUAAAACACCCCCCACUUUUUUCCAUUUUCCUUUUCUUCUUCUUCGCUCUCCCGCGCCGCACCGAACUCCAGUACGGACAUCUUCGAAAGGUAGGGCGAUUCGUCUCGAUCUUUCGCAACCUACAGCAAUGCCGAAGAAGCGCAAGACUAUUACAAUGCCGAAGAGUCGCAAGGCGAAGUCAACGGCGGCUUCUUCUUCUUCUUCUGCUUCUUCAUCGUUGAAAACUGCUUCCUCUUCGAAGAGGCUGAAGAGGAAAGAGGAGUUGAGAAACGAAGAGGCUCAAGAUUGCUUGGGAGUUGCGGAUAGGUCAGACGAGUCGUAUGGUAGCGAGGAUGAAUCUCAGAAUAGGUUUGUUGGAGAACAGGUGCCUCCUGACGAUGCCAGGCGACGAUGGCCUGAACGAUAUCAGGAGAAGAAGAAAAAGCAAGUAGUUGGGUCAAAAAUAUCAAAAGAUAAACCUGAUUCUGAUGAAGAGGUUAUCCAAGCUCGGUGUCAUUAUACAAGUGCAGAGGUUGAUGGAAGAGUUCUUUACAAUCUCUAUGAUGAUGCUCAUGUGAAAGCUGGGCAAGGAGAACCUUACUUUAUUUGUAAAAUUGUGGAAAUGUUCGAAGCCAUAGAUGGAGAACUAUAUUUCACAGCGCAAUGGUAUUACAGAGCAAGAGAUACUGUCAUCAAAGAUUGUGCUGUUCUUGAUCCUAAACGUGUAUUCUACUCUGAAGUUCAGGAUCCUAAUCCUUUGAAUUGUCUUAUUGAAAAGAUAAAUAUUGUUAGAUUGCCUUUAAAUGUUGAUUUGGAUACAAAGAGAAAAUCCAUUCCAGCUUGUGAUUAUUAUUGUGAUACAUUUUAUUUAUUGCCAUACCACACCUUCACCAAUUUACCAGCAGCGGCAGAUAAUAAGUCAGCUGGUAGUGAGACAUCAUCAACCAUUUCUAGUGAAAUUGACAUUAAUGGGGUUCAUGAAGUGAAUUCUGAACCCAUGGAAGAAGUUCAUGGGCGUACUGUACCAGAAGUAACUUUGCUUGAUAUAUACUCCGGUUGUGGUGCAAUGUCUACAGGACUUUGUCUUGGUGCACAUCUUUCUGGUCUAAAUCUUGUGACUAGAUGGGCGGUUGAUUUAAAUGAACAUGCUAUUAAUAGUCUAAAACUUAACCAUCCAGAGACAGAGGUCAGAAAUGAACUUGCUGAGGAUUUUUUGUCAUUGCUUAAAGAAUGGCAAAAGUUAUGCGUAUACUUUAAUCUGGUUAAAAGUAAUGGCGUACCAGAACACGAGUUAGAUUUUCAUUUUAAUGAAGAUGAUGAAGAUGAAGAAGAUGAAGGAAGUGACAAUGACAAGGAUGAUGGGGAAGAUUCUGAGAUUUUUGAAGUUGAAAAAGUACUUGCAAUAUGCUAUGGCGAUCCCAAAGAAACAGGGGACCGAGGACUGUAUGUUAAGGUUCACUGGAAAGGUUAUGGGGCGGAUGAAGAUUCCUGGGAGCCAAUCAACGGCAUGGGUAAUUGUAAGGAAGCCAUUAAGCAAUUUGUCACCCAAUGCUUCAAAUCGAGAAGCUUGCCAUUGCCUGGUGAUGUCGAUGUGAUAUGUGGCGGACCACCUUGCCAAGGCAUUAGCGGCUUCAAUCGGUUUCGAGAUAAAGAUAAUCCAUUGAGAGAUGAAAAAAACAAGCAACUGAUUGUCUUUAUGGAUUUAGUGCAGUUUCUAAAACCUAAGCUUGUUUUGAUGGAAAAUGUGGUUGAUCUUGUCAAGUUUGCUGAUGGUUUUCUUGGACGCUAUGCAAUGGGUCGUUUAGUGGACAUGAAUUAUCAAGCUCGAAUGGGCAUGAUGGCUGCAGGUGCAUAUGGACUUCCUCAAUUUCGAAUGCGAGUGUUCCUGUGGGGAGCUCAACCUGCUAAGAAAUUGCCUUCGUAUCCACUCCCCACCCAUGAUUUAGUUGUAAGGGGUGUGAUUCCUAUUGAAUUUGAGACAUGUACCGUGGCAUAUGAUGAGGGUCAUCAUAUAGAGUUAGAAAGGAAGCUUUUGUUGGAGGAUGCAAUUUCUGAUCUUCCUGCGGUUGGCAACUAUGAAAAAAGGGAUGAAAUGCUAUAUGGAAAGCCAGCCGUUACUGACUUCCAAAGAUUGAUAAGACUGAGCAAAGAUGAAACGUUGGGUUCUCCAAACCCAUCCAAGCAAUUACUGCUACAUGAUCACCGUCCUCUGGAAUUGAAUGCCGAUGAUUAUGAGAGAGUUUGUCGAGUCCCUAAGAAAAAGGGGGCAAACUUUAGAGAUUUUCCUGGCGUUCGCGUACGUCCUGACAACAAAGUAGAGUGGGAUCCUGAUGUAGAGAGGGUUUAUUUAGAUUCAGGAAAGCCUUUGGUUCCCGAUUAUGCCAUGAGUUUUGUGAACGGAUCUUCAUCAAAACCUUUUGCUCGUUUAUGGUGGGAUGAAACCGUACCAACCGUGGUUACUAGAGCCGAACCACACAACCAGGCUAUAAUACAUCCUGAACAAGAUAGGGUGUUAACAAUUCGUGAAAACGCAAGAUUGCAAGGAUUUCCAGACCAUUACAAACUUUGUGGCCCAGUUAAAGAAAGAUACAUUCAAGUUGGAAAUGCUGUUGCAGUUCCAGUAUCUCGAGCGUUGGGAUAUGCAUUAGGGCUCGCUAUUCAAGGUUCUGGUAAUGAUGAACCUUUGUUUACAUUGCCUCCCAAGUUUCCAGAUAUUCUUGCACGCACAUCUGCUGCAACAUCUGAAGAGAACAAUUGAUGUCUGUUGAAGUGUAUAACUUAUUUAUUCUUCCAUCAACUCACUGUAACCUUUGAACAUAAUAUUUUUUCCAAAAAGGCACAUUAAAAUUCUCAUUGGCAUCUUUUUCUCUCUCC